AACCUUUCGAAAAACCCAAAAUAGCCAGAGCCGAAAUGCCUUGUGUAUUUUCACCCAAUCUGCGCCUCCUUUUCUCUCCUCUAAGACCCUCUCUUGCUUCCCCUCUCUUCAUCUCUAAACCCAAACCAAAACCCUACUCUCUCUUCACCACCGUCCUCUCUUCUUCCUCGCCCGGGCGUAAGCAGCCCGCCCCUUAUCGGGAUUCUCUCAACCUUACCAGAAGAAACAGCAGCACUUUCAGGGAGAACAAAGACAGAGGCAAAGAAGCAGUAAUGGAUGAAACGGAGUCUUCUUCUUCUUCUUCUUUUGGGUUUAACAAGAGAAGGGCAGAGGGGAAAGAUAAGAACGAUAGGCCUAAGAAGAAUCUCCAGUUGAAAUCGCGGACCCUUAAUCCUACCAAUACAAUCGCAUAUGUUCAGAUACUGGGAACUGGAAUGGAUACGCAAGAUACCUCACCUUCGGUUUUGCUCUUCUUUGACAAGCAAAGAUUUGUCUUCAAUGCCGGGGAGGGAUUGCAGCGAUUUUGCACAGAGCAUAAGAUUAAAUUAUCAAAGAUAGAUCACAUAUUUCUCUCUCGUGUUUGCUCAGAGACAGCGGGCGGACUUCCAGGUUUGUUGCUGACCUUGGCUGGCAUGGGAGAAGAAGGGAUGUCUGUUAAUGUAUGGGGUCCCUCAGAUCUUACAUAUUUAGUUGAUGCAAUGAAAUCGUUUAUCCCACAUGCUGCCAUGGUUCAUACUCAAAGUUUUGGCCCAGCUCACUCUGCUGCUGCUCUGCCUGAUCCAAGUAAACUCACAGAACCCUAUGUUCUUGUCAACGAUGAGGUUGUCAAAAUAUCAGCUGUUUUCCUGUGUCCAAGUCGCUCAGAAGGGUUGCCGGUAAGGCCUGGUGAAAUGUCUGUCAUAUAUAUCUGUGAACUGCCAGAGCUUAUGGGGAAAUUCGAUCCAAAAAAGGCCGUUGCUCUUGGGCUGAAACCUGGGCCAAAGUAUGGGGAGCUUCAAAAGGGGAAAUCAGUCAAAUCAGACAGUCUUGAUAUCAUGGUUCAUCCAAGUGAUGUUAUGGGUCCUCCAAUUCCUGGUCCCAUUUUCAUCCUGGUUGACUGUCCAACAGAAUCUCAUGUAGAGGAAUUAUUGUCCAUAGAAUCUCUCACAGAAUAUUAUACAGAUUUGUCUGGUAACCAAACAAAGAGUGCUAAGACUGUGAAUUGUGUCAUUCAUCUCAGUCCUGCUUCUGUUGUACACAACCAUAAUUACCAGAAAUGGAUGAAGAAAUUUGGUCAGGUUCAACAUAUUGUUGCUGGACAUGAAAUCAAGAAUGUGGAGGUUCCAAUCCUAAAAUCCAGUGCAAGAAUUGCAGCACAACUGAAUUAUGUGUGUCCACAGUUCUUUCCAGCACCAGGUUUCUGGUCUGUUAAUCAACUCAAUUCCUUGACACAAGAUGCUAAUGCUGCUAGCGAGGUUCCUACUUCAGAGCUUUGUGAAAGCAUUUCUGCUGAAAAUCUCCUCAAGUUCACUUUGCGACCUUAUGCUCAACUUGGUCUAGACAGAUCGCAUAUCCCAAGUCUGAUGACUCACUCUGAGAUAAUUAAUGAGCUGCUUUCAGAGGUUCCAGAGAUUGUGGAUGCAGCCCAACUUGUCAGGAAGUUCUGGCAUGAGCCCAAGGAAACAAAAGAGUUAAAUCCUGUGCAGGAUAAUAAACAUGUGAUUGAAGAGCCAUGGUUGGAUGAGAAUACUCUUCCUAGUUGUCUGGAAAACAUAAGGAGAGAUGACCUUGAAAUUGUUCUUCUUGGGACUGGUUCAUCCCAGCCUUCCAAAUACCGGAAUGUUAGUUCUGUCCACAUUAAUCUCUUCUCCAAAGGAAGUUUGCUCUUAGAUUGUGGAGAAGGAACACUGGGACAGCUGAAAAGAAGAUAUGGCAUAGAUGGUGCAAAUGAUGCUGUUAGAAACCUAAAAUGUGUGUGGAUCUCUCAUAUUCAUGCUGAUCACCACACAGGCUUGGCAAGGGUGCUAGCCCUGAGACGUGAUUUGUUGAAGGGAGUGCCUCAUGAACCCUUGCUGGUUAUAGGGCCAUGGCAGCUCAAGAGAUUUCUUGAUGCAUAUCAAAGACUUGAAGAUCUUGAUAUGCAGUUCCUUGACUGUGGGAGCACUAUGGAAGUGUCAUGGAAUGCUUUUGAACAUGAUUUUGAGUCAAAUAAAGAUCAAUCAGCUUCAGGGAAUCCACCUAAUUCACAUAUCAACAACAAUGAAAGAUCAAAAAAUAACAAUGGAUCCUUAUUUUCUAGAGGAAGUCCCAUGAAAAGCUUAUGGAAGAGACCGGGUAGUCCUGUUGGCAAUUCUGCAGCUUAUCCAAUCCUAGAGAGCUUGAAGACAGUGCUAGUUGAAGCUGGAUUGGAGGCUUUGAUUAGUUUUCCUGUUGUGCACUGCCCUCAGGCAUUUGGUGUUGCUCUGAAGGCAGCAGAAAGAGUGAACAGUGUAGGAAAAGUGAUCCCGGGUUGGAAGAUUGUGUACUCAGGUGACACAAGGCCCUGUCCGGAACUUAUAGAGGCCUCUCGUGGGGCAACAGUUCUUAUACAUGAGGCAACUUUCGAGGAUGGCUUGGUGGAGGAAGCAAUUGCUAAAAACCACAGCACAACUAAGGAAGCCAUAGAAAUGGGAAAUUCUGCUGGGGCUUAUCGCAUUAUUCUUACACAUUUCAGCCAAAGAUACCCGAAAAUUCCUGUAUUUGAUGACACACACAUGCAUAAAACUUGCAUUGCUUUUGACAUGAUGAACAUUAACAUAGCAGACCUGCCUGUUCUUCCCAAAGUUCUUCCAUACCUUAGAUUAUUGUUUAGAGAUGAGAUGGCAGUUGAUGAAUCAGAGGACGUUUUACUUACUGUAAGUGAAGCUUUAGCUUCAUAACAUAAAUUAUGAAUUGAUUAUUUUUGGGUUCAACUUGUGUCUUUCCUCGUCAGAACAUGAAGUUCCCCAAUACUGGCUUCUGAACGUCUGUCCUUGCGUCCUUGGCCAUCAGCUAAUUCCGUGGUUACAGUUCAAUUGUGAGGAAACAGCUUCCCCUUCAGGGGAUUCAUGUAUGUGGUUUUUUUUUGGGCCAAGGGAUACAUGCAUGUUGGAAAUUUUACCCCAUGGGUUCUUCGCCCCAAAGAUGUCCAUGAAGCAUAGCAGGGAAUAUAAUAUAUAGCAUGUGAUCAG